AUGCCAAAACGAUUAUCAAAUAUCCCAUACAUCCCAUACAUCCCAUGCAUCCCACUCAUGGUUUUAGAUGUGAUAACCCCAGAGACGAUCCGAGCGACUCGAGCCAAAUGCGCAGCCGCAAUCAAAAAUGAUCCUGCUUACGACAACUGCCACCUUGAAGUCAAGUUGUACUACGUGGAGAAAUUGAUGUGGCGCGAAUUGUUCAAAAACCAGACUUUUCCUGGGAUUAAGCCGAAGCCUAUUGCAGGUGCUGUGACUUCAAAACCACAGCCAGCAAAAGAUCGAGGCACCAAUUCCACUGGCGACAAGAAAGCAAAAACAAAUGCGUCUGCUGCCAUAGGAAAAGGCAAAAACAACACGCCCAAGGCCGAUCCUAGUCCUGCCGGCAGAAGUAAUACCCUCAUCACUGGUGAAACUCCUGCUAGAGGAAAGGUGAAUACGCCUCGUGCUCAUUCUCAUGCCACACCAAAACCUCAAGGGGCUGAAAGAUCGAUGGAUGCCGCCAUAAAGUCCGAACAGGGACUGGAGGCAAGCACCUUGAUGGAAGCAACCUCAAAUUCAAAGCCCGAACCAUCCACAGGCAAGCGUAAGAGAACAGUGAUGGAUCUCGACACGCUGCCCCCGCACGAGCCGGCGUUAACAGAGCAGACUAAACGUCUAAAGCUUGAACAGUCUCCACCACCACCAGAAGCAAUUAAGCAACUCUGGGACCGUCCUCGAUAUGGCAUAUCGGCCCCGUUAAACGCUGAGAUGGCCGGAUUUUUGUUGAACCGCAAGGCGGCAGUAGAGAAGCACUUCGGAGUCCGAUUUAACUAUGGCCUCUUUAAGAACGAGCUUAGAUUCUACUGCCAGCCUGUCGAUACGGACAACAUCCUUUUCAGUGAGGCUAUUGAGCUCUGCGAUCCUGCUUUCAGGUUUCUUAAUGAGUUUCUGCGGAACUCUUAUGGAAAAUUUGGAUGCAUCGACGAUUAUCUUAAGUCUGAUGACUGGGUUGCCAAAGAGAAGAAGAUAGAGAAAAUCGGUACCUCCGAUGCCGAUACUCAUCUUCAGGGUAGAAGGUUUCCAACCUUUUCUAGGGCUUCAGGCAUGGUAUUAAUGCGGGAUUAUAACUGCAAGCUCAAUGCUUUUGAUUACACAGUACUGGCUCGAAAGCAAAAGGUACUCUGUCAAGGAAAAAACGCUGCGACCUUGUAUCAGGUCAAAUGCCGUGCCGUGAAGGUUCAUGGGGUGAAUGUGCAGAGUCGGUUGUGGUUGACGGGAAAGAAAUAUAAAGCUCUUGCAAACUAA